AUGCCAGACCCCGCCCUCGAAGCCCAUGCCAAGGACGAUCGAUGGCAGAAGAGAAUGUCGCUGUGCUCGCACUGCCAAACUGCUGCCCUUUGGGCCUCCCUGCCUCUCGCCGAGGGGGCGGCGUCGCCGUUGAGAGCGGAAAGGCCAGGGUUCAUGCGCGGCCGGGCGGCCGGUCUCGCGAUACACCACCACCAGCUAUACGACGGCUCGCCGCUGCGCGAAGGCCACGCCACGGGAGAGAUCGACCAGGGGGUGUACUUGGUCGAGUCCAUCGUCUCGGUACAGAACAACGGGAAGUGGGUGGCGGACAUUAACGUUCUCGGGCUGGAGCAGCAGCCGCCGGACCCGUUCGCAGAUUCGUGCGGGUGCGGCAGCGACCCGCCCAGUGCCAUCCCAGAGUCGGCGGCCGAGCCCAAGCUCGAAGGCAUCGUGUCGCUGGACUCGCGGGCCGAGAUGCUGGAUCCGCCAUCGUGCACUGGCGUCUUACGGGCGUAG